CAGAUCUCUCGUACUCCCUAAAUCGAAGCAAACCUUUUACAAGAGCGAAAAAUCUCUGCGACCCGAUAAAGACUACAGAGCAUCAUGAGUAACCAAGCGGAAUCAUCUGACUCGAAGGGGACGAAGAGGGAUUACAGUACGGCGAUUCUUGAGAGGAAGAAGGCGCCCAACCGGUUGGUUGUGGAUGAGGCGAUCAAUGAUGACAACUCUGUAGUGUCUCUUCACCCCAACACUAUGGAGAAGCUCCAGCUCUUCCGUGGUGAUACUAUCAUGAUCAAGGGUAAGAAAAGAAAGGAUACAGUCUGCAUUGCUCUUGCUGAUGACACAUGUGAAGAACCUAAGAUUAGGAUGAACAAGGUUGUUAGGAACAACCUCAGAGUGAGGCUUGGAGAUGUUGUUUCCGUCCACCAGUGUCCUGAUGUCAAGUAUGGCAAACGUGUUCACAUUCUUCCUGUGGAUGACACCAUUGAAGGAGUUACUGGAAAUCUCUUUGAUGCUUACUUGAAACCAUAUUUCCUUGAAUCAUACCGACCAGUGAGGAAGGGCGACUUCUUUCUUGUGAGAGGUGGAAUGAGAAGUGUUGAGUUUAAGGUUAUUGAGACUGACCCUGGCGAGUACUGUGUUGUUGCCCCUGAUACUGAAAUCUUCUGUGAGGGCGAACCUGUGAGAAGGGAAGAUGAGGAUCGGUUGGAUGAGGUUGGAUAUGAUGAUGUCGGUGGUGUUCGUAAACAGAUGGCUCAGAUCAGGGAGCUUGUUGAGCUUCCCCUAAGGCAUCCGCAGCUCUUCAAAUCAAUUGGUGUUAAGCCUCCAAAAGGAAUCCUUCUAUAUGGACCUCCUGGUUCAGGGAAGACUUUAAUAGCGAGGGCGGUUGCAAAUGAAACUGGUGCUUUCUUCUUCUGCAUUAAUGGACCAGAAAUUAUGUCGAAAUUGGCAGGAGAAAGUGAAAGCAAUCUUAGGAAAGCGUUUGAGGAAGCUGAGAAGAAUGCACCAUCAAUCAUCUUCAUUGAUGAGAUUGAUUCAAUUGCUCCCAAACGAGAGAAGACAAAUGGAGAAGUUGAGAGGAGGAUUGUUUCACAGCUACUGACACUUAUGGAUGGACUGAAAUCUCGUGCACAUGUCAUUGUCAUGGGUGCCACGAAUCGUCCCAAUAGUAUUGAUCCCGCACUAAGGAGGUUUGGAAGAUUUGACAGGGAAAUAGACAUUGGCGUUCCUGAUGAAGUUGGGCGUCUUGAGGUUCUUCGGAUACAUACCAAGAACAUGAAGCUUGCUGAAGAUGUUGAUUUGGAAAAGAUUGCCAAGGAUACUCAUGGUUAUGUUGGCGCUGAUUUAGCAGCAUUGUGUACUGAGUCUGCUCUUCAGUGCAUUAGAGAGAAGAUGGAUGUUAUUGAUUUGGAAGAUGAAACCAUCGAUGCAGAAAUACUCAACUCAAUGGCUGUUACCAAUGAGCACUUCCAAACUGCUCUUGGAACGAGCAAUCCUUCUGCAUUGCGUGAAACUGUUGUUGAAGUUCCUAAUGUCUCCUGGGAAGAUAUUGGUGGCCUAGAAAAUGUCAAGCGGGAGCUCCAAGAGACUGUACAAUAUCCAGUGGAGCAUCCCGAGAAGUUUGAGAAGUUUGGAAUGUCUCCGUCGAAGGGAGUUCUUUUCUACGGCCCGCCUGGAUGUGGUAAGACUUUGUUGGCCAAGGCUAUUGCCAAUGAAUGCCAAGCAAAUUUCAUCAGUGUCAAAGGCCCAGAGUUGCUUACAAUGUGGUUCGGGGAGAGUGAGGCCAAUGUUAGAGAGAUAUUUGACAAGGCUCGCCAAUCUGCUCCUUGCGUCCUAUUCUUUGAUGAAUUGGAUUCAAUUGCUACACAGAGAGGAAGUUCGGUAGGAGAUGCCGGUGGGGCUGCUGAUAGGGUCUUAAAUCAACUCCUCACAGAAAUGGAUGGAAUGAAUGCUAAGAAGACAGUUUUCAUUAUUGGGGCUACAAACAGGCCAGACAUAAUUGAUCCUGCUCUUCUGCGUCCUGGCCGUCUUGACCAAUUGAUUUACAUUCCUCUUCCUGACGAAGACUCCCGCCAUCAAAUUUUCAAGGCGUGCCUGAGGAAGUCUCCCGUUUCCAAGGACGUAGACCUCAGAGCUCUUGCCAAAUACACUCAAGGCUUCAGCGGGGCCGACAUCACAGAAAUCUGCCAGCGCUCUUGCAAAUAUGCCAUCAGAGAGAACAUUGAAAAGGAUAUCGAGAGGGAAAAGAAGAGGAGGGAGAACCCCGAGGCCAUGGAGGAGGACGUUGAAGAUGAGGUAGCCGAGAUCAAGGCUGCUCAUUUUGAAGAAUCAAUGAAGUACGCUCGCAGGAGCGUGAGCGAUGCUGAUAUCAGGAAGUACCAGGCAUUUGCACAAACCCUGCAGCAGUCCCGAGGUUUCGGUUCUGAAUUCCGAUUCUCAGAGGCCAGCACAGGGGGAGGAGCUGCCACUGGAUCUGAUCCUUUUGCAACUUCAGCCGGUGGAGCUGAUGAAGAUGACUUAUAUAGUUAGUUAGGUUGUCAGGUUGUUAGUUAUAUUCGAACAUAUAUUUAAGUUCGUUUUGUUGCUGCUUUUUAUCAUCUGUAAUUUUAACUCUGUUUUUAGUUUUCAAUUGGCUUCCAUGAUGAAUUAUAUUGAUU